UGUCACUCACUCAGGCGCGCUGUGGGCAGCCCUCUGAGGUCCUUGUAGCCGGCCAAGAUGGCUGCCCCCGCACUGCACGCAGCGUGUCGGUGGUCGGGGCUGGCUCUGGGAGUGAGACGUGCUGUCUGGAACCUUCCAGGGAUAACGCAAGUGAGGUGUAGCCGCUAUGCCCCUCAAUUCAGGGAUCCCUUGGUUGAUAAAGAAUCUUACCGUAAGCCAGUAGCAGAACUCACUAAAGAGGAGAAAUAUGAGCAGGAACUCAGGAAAACCCAGCUCUUCAAAGCUGCCGCCGCGACUGAAACGAGCUCAGUGUUUGCUGACCCUGUCAUUAGCAAAUUCACCAACAUGAUGAUGAAAGGAGGCAACAAAGUACUGGCCAGAUCCCUCAUGGCCCAGACUCUGGAAGCCAUGAAAAGGAAGCAGUUUGAGAAGUACCGUGCUGCCUCUGCAGAGGAACGAGCCACCAUUGAACGUAACCCCUAUAAAAUCUUCCAUGAGGCACUGAAAAACUGUGAGCCUAUAAUUGGGUUGGUGUCUAUCCUCAAAGGGGGCCGUUUCUACCAGGUCCCUUCGCCUCUAUCUGAACGACGGCGCCGAUUCAUGGCCAUGAAGUGGAUGAUCACAGAGUGCCGAGAGAAUAAGCCACGCCGGACACUGAUGCCAGAGAAGCUGUCCCAUGAGCUGCUGGAGGCUUUUCAUAACAGGGGUCCCGUGAUCAAGAGGAAAUACAACCUGCAUAAGAUGGCGGAGUCUAACCGAGCCCUGGCCCAUUACCGCUGGUGGUAGCAGGAGAGGAGAGGUGGAGAAGACCAGAACACGCUGUCAUAAAAACUGCCUAAGGGCUGCAGAGAAGGCUCAGUAGUUAAGAGCACUGGUUGCUCUUUCCAGAGGACCUGGUUUGAUUCCCAGCAACUACAUGGAGGCAGUUUCGACACCUUCUUCUGACCACUGUGGGCACCAGGCAUGCACAUGGUAUACAGACAUUCAUGGAGACAGAACACCUACACACACACUAGUAACAAUAAUAAAGUGAUGGUAAAAAGAAA